AGAAAGAGGAGGGGGAGAGAAAGCGCCGUUUCACCGCGCCCGGACAGCCUAACCCGCCUGCUAAGGCCGCUCCGCCAAUCAGUGCCGGCGCCGCCGCAGUAGCGGCCAAUGAGGAAGCGGACUCCUCCACGAUGGCCCCGCCCUCCGCACUUCCAACAAGAUGAGUUGACAGGACAACGAGCUACUCAUUCUUCCCUCCCCACCCCUGCGCGUGCGGCGCUUCUCUCUCUCUCUCCCAACAAAUGGGGACAGCAAUGCGGCUGCGCGUCCCCACUGGGUGCGCCUGCGCAUAACGGAACCAGCCAGGCGCGGUGAAGCAAUGGCGCCUGCGCAAAGGCGUUGAGGGCGAGGACUGCGCAUGCGCACAGACUCCGGUCAGCGGUUGGAUGGAUGCAGCCUUCCCAUCGGCGCUCGCUGCAGCACUUGCCGCACUCCGCUCCCGACCAGUCACACCCCAAAGCAGCAUGAAACCAGAAAGACACCGGAAGACCUUCUUGACCCUAAAUAAGAAACAUAAGCCUCUCCCUCCGGUCCAUAUGAAAGGUACAAGUUCCAGUCCUGUUCGGAUGGAGCCAGAGGUCAACCCCCAGGAUGAGAAGCAGCAUCGCAAAAAUACACCAAGAAGAUCCUCGCAUGUCCCACGGGAAGACUUUGAAGGCCCUCCGCCUCCUUCUUUUAAGCCUCUAUGUCCUGCCAAGCCCUCGCCCAGUUUUCUGGAACUCCCGUCCACUCAGUGGAGGCCCAGCCCAGGCCUGCCGUAUACCCAGACUGCUCGGAUAGGGAAAGUAAAACGACAUUUCUCUCCUGAACAUCAGCCCCAGGAAUGCUUUGGCCUGCUCGAGUGCAUGCACAACAACAUCCAGACCCAAACGCAGAUUGCACAGGCGCAGCUGUCCCUCCUUGAAGGCAUGCAAGAGUCCAUGAACAUCCUCCUUUCCAGGCAGGAGAAGCAAAACCAGGAGCUGAUGGGACUGUCGGAUCAACGCACCCCGAAGGGCUCCGCCUCCUCUCCCCGCCCCACCAGCUAGCAGCAUGUGCACCUGCCCUUCUGUCCAACUCAGCGCCUUCGCAGACUACCUAGAGCAGAGGUAGCCAGCCUGGUGCCCUCCAGAUGUUUUGGACUACAAUUCCCAUCACAUUGGCUGUGGCUGAUGGGAGCUGUAGUCCAUAAUAUCUGGAGGGCAACAGAGCAACCACAUACCUCCUAUCGCUUACUGUGACAGUAUACAGUAUAUUAGUAGUGGUUGUAGAAUUUGAUUUUUUCUGUGCUAGCUGGCAGUAUUAUGCAGUGUGGGAAGAAGCGAUUCAAAAUAAACAUGAUUCUGUA